AUGCCGAAAGAUAAAAAAGUAAAAGUAUCAAAAAAAAAUUCACCACCAAAAAAAAGGAUAACCAAUGCUUGUGAAAUUGGAUGGUGUGAUGAUGAAGAGAAGUUGAAUAUAUGUGAAGCAAAAAGACCUCCUUUGUCACAAGUUGUUAGAAUAGAUUAUGGACCUAUCACACAAAAAAAUCGUACCUAUUACCUUGGUCCAUUAUAUAAGAGAUUCUUCGCUAUAAGACUUUUUCAAACUGAUUUCGAACCUUUUGCAAAUUUUUAUCUUCAAGAUAUCUCAGUAUAUCUAGAAAUCGAAGAUAUUACACAAAUAUUUCAAAUACCUGUUAGAGAAGAAAAUUCAAAUAUUACACCUCUAAUCUCCACAAUGACUAUCAGAACAAGUGAUAUAUUGUUGAAAAAUGAUUUUCAAGAAAUAACAUUUAACAAAAAAGUUAAAUAUUUACUCAAACAUGAGUUAGAAAUUGAUUGUAAUUUAUGUCCUUUUACAAGAAAUAAAAUAGUAAUGUGUUUAGAUCUUAAUUUUAUCAAUUUCAUAUUUUAUUUCAAAAAAAAAACUGUCAACGAUGAAUUCACAACAUAUAUUUUAGGAGAAGGAUAUGAUUUUAAUACUGGUAAUUCAGGAAUUUCUUCAUAUAUAGGAAAUGGUUACAUCAAAUCGGCAUGGAGUCCUCAUAUAACUGGAAAAGAACUUAACUCAAUGCUAACCACAGUGAGAGAUUGUUAUGAUAAAGAAGAAGAAUAG